CGCGGCGCAGGCGCAGAAGGCGGUGCGCAGGCGCGGAACGUGGUGCGCGUGCGCGGCCCGCGCUCUUCUCUGAGGCCCGGCGCCGCGCGAGGAGGCUGCGCUGCUCGGCCCCAGGAGGACAGCAUGGAAAACUCGACUAUGCAGAACUCAGAUAAUACAGAGGAGGAGAAGACAACAACAGCAGCGGCUGUAAGCAGUGACGGCACUGGCAAUGGUGCUGAAACAGCAGCAGAAGAGCAGAAUAUGGACUUCAGCACGGAAAUUAUGAGUGUAACUGAGAUGGAACAAUCACCUGAUAGUUCCCCUGGCCUGAAUGAAGACAACACGCAAGAAGAGGGGGAAAUUCCAAAUAUUGGGAGUUUACAGACAACAGAUAUUGAGGCUGGCUUCCCUCCGGAUUUUGACAAGUUCUGGAAAGUAGUAGAGGACAAUCCCCAGGAUUUCACAGGAUGGGUCUAUCUACUGCAGUACGUAGAGCAAGAGAACCACUUGCCAGCUGCCAGGAAAGCCUUUGACAAGUUUUUCACACACUAUCCAUAUUGCUAUGGGUACUGGAAGAAGUAUGCAGACCUGGAGAAGAGACAUGACAACAUCAAGCAGUCCGAUGAGGUUUAUCGCAGAGGGCUUCAGGCAAUUCCUCUUAGUGUUGAUCUUUGGAUACAUUAUAUAAACUUCUUAAAAGACACCUUGGACCCUGAUGACCCUGAAGCUAACAGUACUAUUCGAGGAGCCUAUGAACAUGCAGUUUUAGCUGCUGGGACAGAUUUCCGUUCUGACAGACUGUGGGAAAUGUAUAUAAACUGGGAGGAUGAGCAGGGAAACCUGAGGGAAGUUACAUCCAUAUAUGAUCGUAUCCUUGGAAUUCCAACACAGCUCUACAGUCAUCACUUCCAAAGGUUUAAAGACCAUGUCCAGAACAACUUGCCUCGAGACCUGCUGACUUCUGAGCAGUUUAUCCAGCUGCGCAGAGAGCUGGCAUCUGUGAAUGGCCACACAGGGGGCGACGCGUCGGCUGGCGACGACCUGCCCUCGGGUACCGAGGAUAUCACUGACCCUGCCAAGCUAAUCACUGAAAUAGAGAACAUGAGGCACAGAAUCAUUGAGAUUCAUCAGGAAAUGUUCAAUCACAAUGAACAUGAAGUCAGUAAGAGGUGGACAUUUGAAGAAGGGAUAAAGAGGCCUUACUUCCACGUGAAACCUCUGGAGAAAGCUCAGCUAAAAAACUGGAAAGAGUACUUAGAAUUUGAGAUAGAAAAUGGGACGCAUGAACGAGUUGUGGUCCUCUUUGAGAGAUGUGUUAUUUCAUGUGCCCUCUAUGAGGACUUCUGGAUCAAGUAUGCCAAAUACAUGGAGAAUCAUAGUAUUGAAGGAGUGAGGCAUGUCUACAGCAGGGCUUGCACAAUACACCUUCCUAAGAAACCGAUGGUUCACAUGCUGUGGGCUGCCUUUGAGGAACAGCAGGGCAACAUCGAUGAGGCGAGGAGAAUCCUGAAGACCUUUGAGGAGUGCAUUCUAGGCCUGGCCAUGGUUCGCUUGCGCAGAGUGAGCUUGGAGCGCAGGCACGGGAACAUGGAAGAAGCCGAGCGCCUGCUGGAAGAAGCUGUUAGGAAUGCCAAGUCAGUUAGUGAAUCCUCAUUCUAUGCCAUCAAAUUAGCUCGGCACCUCUUCAAAGUACAGAAAAAUCUUCCAAAGGCAAGAAAAGUGCUGUCAGAUGCCAUAGAAAUCGACAAAGAAAAUACAAAGCUGUACCUCAACUUGCUUGAAAUGGAGUACUGUGGUGAUCUCACACAAAACGAAGAAAACAUUCUGAGCUGUUUUGAUAAAGCUGUUAAUGGCUCUUUGUCUAUAAAAAUGAGGGUUACGUUUUCACAGCGGAAAGUGGAAUUUCUUGAAGAUUUUGGUUCUGAUGUAAACAAGCUUUUGGAUGCAUAUGACGAGCACCAAGCACUUCUGAAGGAGCAGGAUACUUUAAAGAGGAGAGCAGAGAACGGAUCGGAGGAGCCAGAUGAGAAGAAAAUGCUCACAGACGAGCAAACCAUGGCAUCAGCACAGAUGAUGGAUGGAGACAUGCAGGUCAAUCAGGCAGCAUACAACUAUAAUGCCUGGUAUCAGUACAAUUACCAGAACGCAUGGAAUUAUGGACAGUAUUAUUCUCCUUCAACUUGAUCAGAAGAGCGAGUGAAGUUCACUGUGCAGUAUCAACAAAGAGUAAAAUAUAUUUUUCUAAAUUAGGGUUGUGAAAGAACUGUUGUAAUACCUGCUUUUUGGUCUUUUGCAUGUAAAAUGAGCUGAUGUUCACAGGGUAUGUGUGAAGCAAGAAUUGUGUGCUGGUAACUGAUAAAAUUGGUAUCUGUACAAUUCUAGUUUACCAUAAAUGCAUUUUUUUUAAUUCCCUGCACUAACUUAUGGAGCUGUCUGAAGCAUUUUGUUCAGUCUCGUAUCGAUCCCUGCACAGGGCUGACCCUGGCUGCCCACCAAGCUGUUCCCUCAUUUCUCCUCAGCCCACAUGGAGAAAGUGUGAUUUCCCAACAGAACCCCACCACCUCGUGUGCUGAGGUCUCAAGGACAGGAGAUUGCUCACCCUUACCACCGUGGGCAGAACAGACUCAGUGUGUGGAAGAUGAAUUCAUAACAGAGCGGGGCAGUGAGAACUAAAAGCAAACGAGAACGCUUUCCUGCCGCUCCCCUUCUUCCCAGCUUCAACGUCUGCCUCAUUCUUCUUGUAUCUAAGCCGUAGGAUUUCCUCCUCUGCUCCUCCUUCCCCUGCUCUUCCCAGCCCCAGGGUGGCCCCUUCCCUUGCCUUGCCUUCAGGAGCUCCUCCCACGUGGCCGCAGGCAGUGAUGCAGGACCUCAUCUGGGCUGCAGCCCUCCUGCACCGUGGUGGGCCGCUCUCCCUGGGCUGCAGCAGCUCUGCGUGGUCCCUGCGUGCUGAGGCACAGCCAGCGCACAGCACCUCCUGCCCCCUGCUGACCUCGGGGGCUGCUGCCCACUUUCGCCCCCCUCGCACAGCUGCUGUGCAAUGUUGAAGCCUUUCUUCAGUGCAGGCUCACAGCAGUGCAGGUGGUGCAGCUCGCUGACUGCGCCUUGGAUGGAGGCGGUGCUUGGGGCGACCCUGCAGGCACCAUCCUGCCCCACAGGCCCAAUGCGGUGCUGUGGAUCUAAGCAGUGAACCUCCCUGUUUUAAAGCAAGCAGUUCUUAGGUCUGUCGGCCCCAGAAGCUGCCCUGGGAGAGGAGCAGCUCUUUGCCCUGUUCUGCUCUCCUUCCCAACCAAAACUUCACCCAUUUCCAUGGUGCGAUGCUGUUCUGCCCCGGUGAGCAAAUCCCAGAUUGCUUUGUUGUAGGCUCGUGGCUGAACCUCUUCAGAUGGAGGUGGCAGCCUCUGAAAGCUGUGAUGUGUAUUUUCUAUUCCACGUGGGGGGGUCAAAAAUUAAAAUGCAGUGCAAAAUGAUGUUGCAUUCUUUUUUUAAGAAGCACAAACUGUGUUUGGGAUGAUUUUUGUAUCUAGAGUUUUUCAUGUACACAAUGUGAGCAAACUUUUUUCAUUUUGAUCAAAGUGAUCAUUCUCAUUUUCGUAAUAAAAGCAAGGAAUUCAGCA